CUUGUUUUCGUUGCGGAUGCGAGCGCAUUGCCUGUCGUGUCCGAUGGCGAGGCGGUUUGCUAUGCACUUUGGGGACUUUUGUGCAGACUAGUCGGAAUUACGCUGUAUGACUGUGACAUCACUCGGGUAUUUACGGCAUGGAAAUGCUACAUGUAGUGGUUGCAUAAUUGCAAUUUGGUCACUGUUGGGCCCAGAGUGGUAAUGUGUUACUUCUACUUACUAACUGGUGGUUCAUAUUACGCUUUUACGAUGUUUCGGAGCCGGAGCCGGCGGUUUGGUUCGAAGGGCUUCGUGUUGCAUUUCGGCCUGUGCUUCCUGGCCUUCAACGUCGUCCGAGGGGCCCCGGUCGAAUGCACGGAAGGCAGUUUCCAGUGCAAGGAUGGCGCUUGCAUCCCCGCAGCCCACCACUGCGACGGCUACGACCACUGCGGCGACGAGUUCGACGAGGACCCCGAACUAUGUCGAGGACAGCAGCCGCACUUCACCUGUAAAAGCGGCAACUCCAUUGCAGCGUCCGCCCACUGUAAUGGCUACGACAACUGCAGCGACGGUUCGGAUGAGGACCCGGCAGAGUGUGAAGUGAACACGCUGCUGGUGGCCGCGGGGGAGGUGGUGACGGCGCGCGUGCAGCACAACGUGAGCCGCGGCUGGAUCUACUUCACGCUGUGCGACGACAGCUCGUGCAGCUCCAUCGACGUGUACGGCACCACGCCGCACGGCCUCAAGUACAAGACGUGGACCACGUGCAGCCGGCUUGGCGCCUACGGCUGCCACUGGAGCAACUGGCACCGGCCUCCUGGCGCCACACCCCUCCCUACCGGCGAGCACGUGUUUCUGGUGGAGCGUCGGUCCUCGGAACUGGCGCUGUGGCCGCAAGGGCGGCCCGAGCUCGUGGUGACGGUGCGCAUCAAGGAAGGGUAUGACCGACUCCGCAUCAGGUACUUCCGGUGGAUGAAGGACAUGCCGCCCGUGCAGUAUACAGGAGGAAAACUCUGGCAGCCCGCUACGACUGCUGACUUCGAAGCAGACCUCAAGGGCUGCGGUGGUGCGCGGUUCUUCGGACCUUUGGUGUCGGGCACUCUGGCGCGUCCGGAGUACUUCCCCUGGCACGGCGCGCUGUAUCAGAAGGUCCACGGCGAGUACAAGUACCUGUGUGGCGCCUCGCUGCUAUCCGCGUCGGCGCUCAUCACAGCGGCGCACUGUGUUCAGUCCAGAGAAGGGAACUACUACGUUGCCAUCGGGAUGCUGACAUCAGAUUGGAACAAGGAUUCAGUUGGGGUCCACAAGUCCAAAGUUUCGCAGGUGAUCAUCCACCCCGACUACUACGGCCUCCGCGGCAAGUACGACGCCGACCUGGCCAUACUGCACUUGGAGAAGCCGGCGCCGCUGGGCCGUCGCAUCGGCACGCUCUGCGUCUCCCGCGCUGAGGGCACCUCGCUCGCGGCGGAGGACAUCAUCACCGUGGCGGGCUGGGGAAACGGGUCCGCUGUGUUGGACGAGCUGCACUUCGCCGAAUUGCCGUUCCUGCCGCGCCGCCAGUGCCUGACUGCCAUUUCGGAGGCGGCCGCGUUCGCCGUGAGCUACCUCACCAACGACAAGUUUUGUUCCGUGCGAGACCGAGGCGUCAUCCUGAAAGGCGACAGUGGCGGCGGCGCAGUGGCCCGCCACCUCGGCGUCUGGUACUUGGUGGGAGUCGUGUCUAGCGGCAUCGACAGCAGCCGCAUCGUCGCCUUCACCAACACCACCUUCGGCGAGUACGCGUCCUGGAUCGACUCGGCGGUGCGCUCCGCGCCGCAACCGCCUCGCCCAGAAGCCACCGAAGUAACGACGAAAGGAGCAUCCAUGUCUUCGCCAUCGACACCUCGCCCAAACUUGACGAAAGGAUCAAAUGUGUCUUUGGCAACGACACCUCGCCCAAACUUAACGAUGUCUUCGACAGCGACACCUCGCCCAAACUUACCGAAAGGAUCAGAUGUGUCUUUGACAACGACACCACGCCCAAUCAGAGCGCCACCUUCGUCGCUUGCUGUUCCUUGAGGUGAAACUGCUAAUCGAAGUGUACGAGUGGAGGGGGUCCUUUCCUGAAGACUGUAUUUAAACGUUUCCGGAUAAAAAGAUCAUUGAGGAGAGUGAGGCACAUUGGUCUGGAUGUUUUCCUUUUGGCUACUAGCAACGUAUGUGACGAGCAAUAAAACUUUUGUCUUAGCCAA